AUGGAUAGUUUAGAAGCAACAACCACAGCACCUGUAGAAGAAGAAACAACUGCUGGCACAUGCUCUUCUUCGGUUGUUUGUAACGAAAUAUCAUCAUGGAAUAAUACAACAACAACAACAACGAAAUAUAAUAAUGAGGAGGAAAUAAUUAUUGUUGAAACUAACGAUGAUAUUGAUGAUGCAAGUCCAAUACAAUCGGAAAUUACUCAACAUCCCAUGUUCUACUUUGAUGAUUCACAAACAGAUGCAGGAGAUGAUAUUCAUUAUACAACUUCAUUACUAGCUAGUAAUACCAAUAAUAACAGCAACGUUCAUUCUCCAUAUGGAGUUAGACUUGUUGCAAGGAAAAUUGGUAACAUUCUUCAAACCUCAGUUAGUAGGACUAUCAGUGGAGGAAAAUCUCUGUUGGGAGCUGUUAGAAAACCAUUAAUGACAGGUAAUGAUGAACAUUUUGAGGUUAUUAUUACUGAUCCCAAUAAUGUUAAUAGUGAAAUUAUGCAAUUUAAUACAAUGCAGAGAAAGGUAUUUAAUCUUUCUGCAGUUUAUUCUAAAGUAAUUGGAUGGAGAAAGAAAGCUACCAGACAAAUAAGGAGACGUAUCAAUAAUUAUGAUGAUAAUUAUUUACAUCCUCCCACUCAAUUGAGUGAUAAUCAUCUCACUAGACCUUUUAGAAAAAGAAAACGGAAAGUUCCAACAUGUUCCACUUGUAUUAUUCCACAAGAAAUUUGGGCCUACAAUGUUCUUCCCUACAUGAGUUGGACUGACAAGUUGAUAAUGAGAAUUGUCUCCAAAAUGUUUCUCAUAAUGGUUCAAGAACAGGAUGAAACAUGGAGUGAAUUAUUUGAAGCAAAGAGUUUAAAGUACUUUGGUGAACCAACUGAUUUGUGGAAAAAUACACAUAAUUACUUUUACUAUGAUUUGGAUGAGGCAAUAGUAAAACAAUAUUUUGAGGAAGUUCUUUUUGAACGAUAUAGGAAAAUAUACAGACAUUUUUUCAACACACUUAAAUUAUCCUACCAACAAGAUUCCCAAGCAAUUAUUUCAUCCAGUCAUACAAAUAUUGAAAGACAAGAGAGUUUUAUUUCGUACUUAUCAUCUAGUAGAUCAAUUUCUGAAAGAAAGAAACAAGUCAACCAAAGAAAAAAUCUAUCCCAACAAGAGUUACUCAAAAGCGUUGAACACAGAAGUAAAUAA